CAGGAAGGAGGAGGAAGUGAGGAAACAAAGAGGCCGGUUGCCUAAAAAACAGAGAGAUUAGAUGUGACUGACAUGCUGCUGGAAUAUUAGUGUGAAAUGUCAGGGUGCUAUCUUGGAGGUAUUUGGAAAAUGAUGCAUCCUGCUGAUAUGAUGAAUGCUGCCAUAAAUUAGGAAUAUUAACUACGCAUACAAAAAUACCAUUAUGGGACAGCUGCAGUCAUCAGAAGAAGAGCUUUCCCAAGUGAAGGAUGCAAUCGGUUCUCUCCUCUAUGAUGCCAUGCUGGAAGCCGGUGCUGUACCUCAUCUCGGAGUCGUCCACCCUGUCCUCCUAGCCAAUCACGAUGAGAGGUUCAACUCCCGGGCCGGCCUCCAGGAACAACUGCAACAGCUGCAGGGCGACAUCGGGAAAAAGGCGCCCACCUAUCUGAAGGACCUGAUUGGCCGAUUGUCAGCCUUCUCAGAUGAGCCUCGCCUCGCCGGCCUGGUGGGAUUAGUGGUUACUAUGGUGAUGGAUAUGGCCUACACAUCCUCAAAAUCAUCCUCAGCUGUGAAAGGGAAGUCAGCAGGGUCAUCAUCGUCCCAGCAGAGAGUCUGGGAGCUCCAGGAGGUGAUGGAGGAGUACCUGAAGCGCUGUAGGAUCAAUCUGAAUGAGAAAAACAAGCUGAUCCAGGACUCCAUCAGACUUGAGGCCCAGCUCAGCCUCACCCUCACCCAGCUGAAGACGUGUCUGCUGGGGGGAGACUGUAACUCCAGGUGUCUGAGGCACUGGGCCAGCGGAGCAGCUUUUAACACCCAGAUGUUGGUUCACCUGGCUGGUCUUGAGGGUAAAGCUGAACCCCUGGCUGCGAGGGCGGCGCUGGAGCAAUACAAGGAAGAUCUCACACAGAUCAUACCUGCUUACAGGCGUUAUAAGUCUAGUACUGUGUGUGUUGUGAAAUGUCGAGGCGGUCUUCUGGCAUCACGUGACCCCUCCAGUGAGGCGCCAGAGGAGGGAUCCAUGACCGGACUCACUGUGACGGACAGAGAAACAGGAAAGAGUGUGACCAUCCCUCUGUCCACCAUGGAGACAGAGACAGGGAGAAGAGUCUCUGGGCCUGAUAACACCUCUGCAACUAUGUCCUCUGCCAUUAACCUUGACCUGAUCACCUCAGAUCAAUACGCCCAGGCAUACCUGGACCGUUUCUUCUCUGACAAGGGACCCGUGGCAGAGUUGAAGAACUACUUUACCAUGGCUAGUGACAAACUGAGAACACUGAGAACUCAACACAGAUGCAAAAACAAGACAGAGGCGACAAAUGUCACGGAACAAAGCGAUGGAGUGCAACCGAAAGACCGGACAGAGGGCGUAAAUGGAAAACAAGCAGCGGACAGGGGAAAAGGUGAUAAACAGGACGAGACAGAUAGGAGAGGAGGAGGACGAGAAGAGGCGGAGGAGCGUGAGCAGAGAGGUGAAAGAUUGAAACUGAGUAUUGUGGAGACGCAGCCGGAUGAGAGCCUCGAUCACAGCCUCCACGGUGCGACAAGUUCAAGAAAGUCAUGACCUGUCGGCAGAAAUGACAAGAUGUCAGAUAUUUAUUGAAGAGAAACAUUAAACUAAACUCAGAAAUGA